AUGCAAAUCAAUGUUGAGCCGGAUGUCUUUGAGCAGUUUCACAAGUUGAAGCAGCUACACAAACCAGUUGGGAGUGAUAGUGAAUUUCUCUCUUUUAUCGUGUCCCACAUUCAAAAAUGUUGUUACAAAAGCGAUAGUUGUAACCCAGCUGUUCAAGCUCUUACGAAUGGCACGUCGCUGCGGUCAUGCCCGGAAUGCAAAUUUUCAGCCGGCACUUCUGAACAGCUUUGGGAUCAUUUCGAAAGUGUUCACCCUGAUGAAGGGAGCUUCUCUUGUACAUGUGGGGACUCUUAUAACCGUUUGCCGUUGUUUCUGAGGCACUAUGUAGAUUGUCCGGUAGCAUCUACUGAUUUGGAAGAUCCUCGUCGUAACUUCGCCUCACUUAAGGACGGACGUAGAAUUUUACCUAGCAUCCUUCAUUCUAACUGUGACGGUGGUAUCGCGGGUACAAAAUUGGGCCAGCCUAAUGUCUACCACCCUUACCGUCAGUCUACAGUAUCGUCUGCCCCAGGUCCGUCAGGUGACAAGCCAUAUGGUUGUCCAAAAUGUUAUAAGGGUUUUAAAAGCAAAUCUCUACUCGAUCAACACAUGCAUCUCCAUUUUCCUCCUCGCUACAAAUGCAGGUGGUGUGGUAAUGUCUACCGUUGGCCACCUGUUUAUUACCAUCACAAGCAACGGUGUAAAAAGCGUCCAGUCAUAAGUAUGAGUGAUAUCGGUCACGCUUCUGACUACCGUUGUCUUAAUGGUUCAAUUAUGAAAGUCGAAGACUCCCAAAUGCAUGUCGAUCAUAUUUCACCGAGACAAACCGCGUUCAACCGUUUUGUGAAUGCACCAGGAGUUUCUUUCACUCAAGAACUGGCGAAUGACAACAUCAUUCAGAAUGUUCCAGUCAUCGGAGACGAUGCAGCUAACUGUUCGCUAACAUGCCUAUGCACGGAAAGCUUUCUAAAUGUCCCUUCCUACCUUGAGCAUGCAACUAUAUGUCCAAAAGUUGUGUCGGCGUCCUCUGUCUUCGAAAAUCUUGCCAAUAGAGCCCUAUCUACUUCAAACAACUUAGGAUUCAGAUCUCCGCGACAAAGGAAUUCUAUUUCAAAUUUCCGGGAAUUACCGCCCGAAUAUCUUUCACAACUAAAAGAUACAACUUUAAUGCACUCUAAUCCUGGUGGUAUUUUUUCGUGUAACAUGUGUGGCAAGGAGUUCAAUUCCAAACUAUCUCUCAAACAGCAUGUAGAUGGAAAACAUCGUGCUGAAGGUAAGUACCUCUGUGGGACUUGUGGUAAACGGUACCGUUGGGGUGCCUCGUUUUAUUACCACAAAAAAACAUGCGCCGGGCCUGUGUCUUGUGUACUCAAUUCUCAAACUCCGGAGCUUGUGACCACACACACUUAG